AAGAUGGCGGCGUCCAGGUUAUGUUACAGGACCUGCAGUGUACGAGGGCUUUUAACAAGAGCACACGCGCAUUUGUCAAGGAAUGGCAACACAGUUAUGCGUUAUUACAGCCUUCUUGGGAAAGGCAAAAGUGUCAAAAUAGGAUGCGCCAGUGGAUUUUGGGGAGAUACGGCAGUGGCUGCUCCCCAACUUAUCUAUGGAGCAAAGGUGGAUUUCAUCGUGUUUGACUACCUGUCUGAAAUCACUAUGUCACUCCUGACAGCAGCCCGAAGGAAGGCACCGAACCUUGGCUAUGCACCUGACUUUGUUCAAGUAUCCAUGGCACCUUUCAUUAAAGACAUUAAGAGAAAAGGCAUUAAGAUAAUCAGCAAUGCAGGGGGAGUUAAUCCCCACGGGUGUGCUGCAGCAUUACAGGAAGUGUGUACCAAGGCAGACAUCUCGCUGAACAUCGCUGUUGUGGAUGGUGAUGAUCUCAUGUCACAGCUCCCAGAGUUACAGAAACUUGGAAUCACUGAAAUGGACUCCGGUAUGGAACUGCCUAAGACUGUCCACAGUAUGAAUGCUUACCUAGGGAGUGGCCCCAUUGCUCGUGCUCUUGACCAUGGAGCUGAUGUGGUUAUCACUGGCAGAUGUACUGACAGUGCUUUGGUGCUAGGUCCUCUUGUACAUACGUUUGGCUGGAAAAUGGACCAGUUUGAUCUGCUGGCAAGUGGCAGCCUUGCAGGUCACCUGAUAGAGUGUGGAGCUCAAGUAACAGGGGGCAUCUUCACUGACUGGGAUUCAGUACCCAACUGGGAUGAUAUAGGAUUCCCUGUAGUGGAAUGUGGAGAAGAUGGGGAAUUCCUGGUCACAAAACCACCAAACACUGGAGGCAUUGUAUCCAAGGCAACAGUUGCUGAGCAACUGCUGUAUGAGAUUGGUGACCCUGCCCACUACUUCCUCCCAGAUGUUGUGUGCGACUUCAGUAAUGUGACGUUAGAUGAGGUGGGAGAAAAUGCCAUCCAUGUCAGUGGUGCAAGAGGAAACCCUCCCUCAGGGGAGUUCAAGGUGAGUGCCACAUACAUGGACGGCUUCCGCUCGACUGCAGUAGUAUUUGUUGGUGGUCCCAGAGCUGCAGAAAAGGUGGAGAGGACAGCUAAUGCUGUACUCAAGAGGUGUCAGCGAAUCUUCAGUCAACUCCAGCUUCAGAACUUCUCAGACAUCAACAUGGAAGUGUUCAGCACAGAUCACAUGUAUGGCCCACAUGCUAAAUCUUCCAAGGAAGUUCGCGAGGCAGUGAUGUGGCUGGCAGUUCAUCACUCACAGAGAAAGGCGCUGGAUUUUUUCACCAGGGAAGUAGCACCUGCAGGAACAGGCAUGGCUCCAGGAUUGUGCAAUAUCGCAGGUGGUCGACCAAAAGUAUCGCCAGUGCUCAAGCUCUUCUCUUUUCUCUAUCCAAGAGACAACUUUAAUAUCAAUAUCAGCAUGAAUGGGGAGCAUGUGGAAAGUUACGUGGUCCCAACCGUGCCCACGGCUGAGUACCUCCAACGAGCCUACCCUCCUCAUUCGGCCGAUGAGCAAGAGAUGCCUAAACUACCUCCGGGACAGUUCUCCUACAGGCUGGAAGACCUCGCCUACACCAGGAGUGGUGACAAGGGAAAUAAUGCCAACAUAGGAGUGGUAGCUCGCCAUCCUCUGUUCUUGCCAUACAUCAAACAAGCACUGACAGCAGAAGCCGUGGAGCAGUAUUUCUCUCAUCUGUUCCCAGACAGGAUAGGACCAGUGUGUAGGAGAGUCAAGAGGUUUGAUGCCCCAGGCAUACAUGGUAUCAACUUCCUGCUGACUAAUGCGCUGGGUGGUGGUGGUAUUGCAUCUCUGCGGAGUGAUGCUCAGGGGAAAGCUCUUGGCCAGAUACUCCUAGACUUCGAGGUCACAAAUGUCCCCGACUUGCAGACAAUGGCCCAAGAUCUACAAGUAUGAGGCUGGAAAUGGCAUCUUCAGGAACUAACAUCAUACUUCAAGAACUAAAAUCAUACUUCAAGAACUACAAGUAUGAGGCUGGAAAUGGCAUCUUCAGGAACUAACAUCAUACUUCAAGAACUAACAUCAUACUUCAAGAACUACAAGUUUGAGGCUGAAAUGGCAUCUAUAUAGGAACUAACAUUAUACUUCAAGAACUAACAUCAUACUUCAAGAACUACAAGUAUGAGGCUGAAAUGGCAUCUUCAGGAACUAACAUCAUACUUCAAGAACUAACAUCAUACUUCAAGAACUACAAGUAUGAGGCUGGAAUGGCAUCUUCAGGAACUAACAUCAUACUUCAGGAACUGACAUCAUACUUCAAGAACUAACAUCAACAAGUGAUAAUCAUUACAAACAACACUAUUAUCUGAGGAUUGGCAUUAACCAUGUCACCACCAUGCUAAAACAUCACCUGGGAUAUAUUUUCUAUGCAUCAUCCUUUGUUAGUUUGACAAGACAAUGACUGUUUAAAGUUACAAUAAUUCAUCCUAGAAAUUUACAUUUAUUUGAUGAAGGAGUCAAAACAAGCAUGAGUUAGUGCUCAGAAUAAUUUGUUCCUGUAGGAAAUGUGCAAUAUGAAUCAUGUCAAUAAGUAUUCCUUGGUAAUGUUGAUAAUUAUGUUGAUGGUCAAGACCUGCUUAAUAAGCAUGAAAGGUACUUAUCACUACUGUUAUGGUGCAUGCAAGAUAAUAAGGUGUGUAGGGAUCAGGGCUUCAUUCAAAUACUGUUUGAGUAGACCCCAGGAAACCCCUCAGUUUGGAACACUGAUAUGUAUGGCACAAAUUUUAAAUUGAAGUAACUGAAAGGAGCAUUGUAGUUUCUCCUUUUUUUAUUAAAUUCCAUUCCUUUUGAAUGUCUGUUUUGAAUAUGUAUGUGAUGUAUAUAGUUAUGAUAUUGUACAUAUGAUAUUAAGGAAAAUUUUGGUGUAGUUUAUACUAACUUAUAUACUCCCCACCAAAUAAAAUGUUAUAUUUCUGUA